GUACAAAGUACCACGUGACCUUUCUCUUCGUAAAAUCUGCCAUCAUGGGUCGUAUGCAUGCGCCUGGAAAGGGUAUUUCCAGUUCCUCGCUGCCUUACAGAAGAAGUGUGCCAACAUGGUUGAAACUGUCAUCAGAUGAUGUCAAGGAUCAGAUUUUUAAGCUUGCUAAGAAAGGGUUGACCCCCUCACAAAUUGGUGUCAUACUUCGGGACUCCCAUGGUGUAGCCCAAGUAAGGUUUGUGACUGGAAAUAAAAUCCUUCGUAUUCUCAAAUCUCAAGGCCUAGCUCCUGAUCUCCCAGAAGAUCUGUAUUAUCUCAUAAAAAAGGCUGUUGCCAUCCGAAAGCAUUUGGAAAGAAAUCGAAAGGACAAAGAUUCCAAGUUCCGUCUUAUUCUUGUUGAAAGCCGUAUCUACCGUCUGGCCAGAUACUACAAGACAAAAAGAGUUUUGCCACCCAACUGGAAGUAUGAGUCGUCAACUGCUUCAGCUCUUGUGGCAUAAAUAACUGUGAAUCGAAAUCACCAUGACAACCAACAAGCAGGAACCACGCCAAGUCGCAUAAGCUUCAUUUUCCUUUUGUAAAAAAUAUCAAUAAUUAUGAAAGAGUUUUUUUCCGUUCAUUGAUCAUCAAUUUUAAUAAAGGGACAGGAAGCAGGAAAAUUA